AUCAGACAUUGCUCUGUUCGUCAUUGCUUAGUGCACCGUUUCCCAUCCUCUCUGGACUUGCGGAUCACUCACCGUCAACCCUCAAAUAUUUCCACGGAUCAUCAUGCAACCCAAUUAAUGUAUUUUCUCAAUUAAAACUACAGUCCUCUGAAUCGUAGUUACCCGCAUAAAUUCCGCGGACCUUUCCCCAUGGACUUGGGGACCCACGCGGUCCACGGGUUCGGAGCCACAGAUCUGAAGACCACGUCAGAGAACAGACUCUUUACUCUCCAAGAGACACCUUCAGAAACUGGCGUCCAGACCGACCACUCGCCACCACCCCUCCCGACACGGGCAGCAGACGACUCCAGUGGUUCGGCAUCGUCUCCCACCCCCCCACUUCUCGUGUCACAGACAGGGGACACACGUCCUCGUCACCCCUCGGCAGUCAGAGUCCCAGGUGUCCGCAAUGUCGCAGUGGGGUGGUGGCGCUGCGUGUGGCGUGUGCAACCAGCGCGUGUACCACGCGGAGGAGGUGCAGUGCGCGGGGGGCAGCUUCCACAAGUCCUGCUUUCUGUGCCAGGUUUGCCGCAAGAACCUGGACAGCACGACGGUGGCGUCGCAUGGCUCGGAGAUCUUCUGCAAGUCCUGCUAUGCCAAGAAGCAUGGCCCCAAAGGCUACGGCUACGGGCAGGGCGCGGGGACGCUCAGCAUGGACUCGGGCGAGCACCUCGGCAUCAAGCCCGACGACUCGGCGCGGCCCGGCGGCUGGGGAGGCGGCGGUGGGGAGUCCGGAGCCUCCAAGGCGGCGGGGAAGUUCGGUGGAGCCGAGAAGUGCUCGCGCUGCGACAAGUCCGUGUACGCGGCCGAGCGCGUCAUCGGGGGCGGGAAGCCGUGGCACAAGCAGUGCUUUCGAUGCGCCAAGUGUGGCAAGGGGCUCGAGUCCACGACGGUGACGGACAAGGACGGCGAGAUUUACUGCAAGGCGUGCUACGCCAAGAACUUUGGCCCCAAAGGCUUUGGCUUCGGACAAGGAGCGGGAGCGUUGGCCCACGCGCAGUGACGCGUGGGCGACCCCCCCCCCCCCACCCCCCCCCCCCCGUUUCUCGCGGACGCAGGAGCCGCCGUUCCCGCCAUCUCUCCGGAAACAAAGCCAGCGGUGGGCGAGGGCUGGCACCAGGCCCUUCUUUCGCCACUCCCCCUCGUCCCCACCUCGUCGUCGGCAGCGACGUCCCGCAUUCCUCCACGCGUGUCCGCGUAUGUUGGGGGAGUGCAAAUUGACACACCGGCACUCGGAGAAGUACAACGAAUACAACGUGUAUUAUUGGGGCCCAUAACUUCACCUAUGGGGCUCCUCAAACUGUCUUAAUGAUUUUAAAUAACCCGACAAAAGCCUCUUAGGCCCCAGAGCAACCUGUGAGAUUAUCUACUGCUUGCACGUGUACACAUGCAAUCCAGAGAUAAUCACACAGGCGAGGUGGAUAAGUGUGUUUGAGACUCCUAAAUUGCUCCGUUGUGAAGGUGGUUAUUAAAAGGGCAGUGGAGCUAGUAGGUUGCUGACCAAUCUGAAUAUAGAGCUUUUAGAAUAACUCUUAUUUGCUUGUGUUGAGAAAUCGGGACAAACAACGGUGUUGGGAAAAAAGUGCCUUCACGCUGAAUUGAGGUUUUCCUGAAUAAUGAAAUCGUUUUUUGUAUAUUCAGUGGGCACUCCCACCUCUUCCAAGAUGUCUGGUCAACAUGGACGAGUAGGCCAAACACCUUCGAGUGGAACUCCCUAGAGAGCAAGCAGUGGAGGCCUUUCUGCCAACUGUGGCAUGAACAAGCGAUUUCAGGUCUGCAACUUUACCUUUGCUUAAUUUUAAUUGCAUUCAAUAACUUGCAAAAUCCCAACAACAUCCGACUAAAUCUUUCAAAACAUCCCUUAAGUGCUCCUAACAUGUUGGAUCCCACGAACCAUAACAGCCUUUCAUAUUUCAACAAGAGCAGGUUUAUUAGGACGGCGCACCGAGUUAGAAAACAGCUCACGAGACCCCCCCUCCACAGCAACCUGGCAACCCAGAACCACAUUCUCACGGCCUCAUAAAUUUAACUGACCGCAGGCUUGCCCAUGACUUGCUGCUUCUUGAUGAGUUGGGGAGACAAUGUUCUCUGGCUAUCACGCUCACCAUAUGCAUGCGAUUCACGUGUUAUGCUGUGGUGAUGAUCGUACACUGGCACAUGUUGGUGUGUCUGUAGAUUGUUAGCUUACGACUUCUGAAGUGGUGCAGCAUUGCGUGAGUCCAGCAUGGGUAAACAAUAUUUGUCAAAGCUUCGGUUGCGCAAUCCUGAAAUAAUUAUAACAGUCGAUUUUAAAUUGAAAGUAAAAAUCAAAAUACAUACAUUAUAAUAUAGCGUUAUAACAUUCAAUAUGUUUUGUUUUAUACUAUGCUUAAGCAUUACGAUCGUUACUUUGCAGGAUGGCUUUAGGGAGGCCUUCAUCCAACAGUUGAUUGAUCAUGGCUGCUGAUGAUUAUGAAGAUACUAACAUAGCAUGCAUUUUCUGAGACUGCUGUAGAUAGACUUGCCCCCAGCCACAAUAACGUGUAAUUUCCACCACUGGAUCAGAAUCGUACAUGAAGAUUCGAAUCCCACCCCCCCAUGUAUGUUACUGUAGGGAAACACUUUCAAAUAUAUAUUUUCAACUAUAAUAAAGUACCAAGUAAAGUUCAGUGUCGGUAUUCGAUAAAUAUACGUAUAUUAUUUCAUAACUUUGCGGGUGAUUUGUAAAACAAAAAGAUGCUGCAUCUACUUACUUGCAAGUUUGGCCAAUGUGAGACAACGAAUACAUAGCGCUUUCCUUUGUUCCAUUUUGAUUUUUUUUUUUUAUCUCGAAGGAUCGUUUACAUUCCACGAGUUGUUUCCACAUUGCUGUUGAAUGUCGAACUGUACAAUUUCUGGGGGUUGCGGCCAGAUGAGCUGAAGGACCUUUAAUAUUCCAUGAAAAAUCUGUAGAGUAGUUUACUUGUUCCUAAGCAUGUCUCGAACAGCAGUCGCCCUUGUUCUGAAGCGCCGUGGUUGAUGCGACUCGGUGGCUUUUGGGGACGCUGGCCAUAGGGCAUUGACCUGAUUGGCACCGAUUGAAACCCUACAUUUGAAUUCUGAGCUUCAGCACGCAAUUUAUUCCGAGAGCGUAAGCUGGCGAAGUGAUGAGUUUCGUGACUGGUUAGUACUCCGACACUGCCCAUUAUGAGCCCCUUAAAAGACUACCGUACAGACAAUGUCGACAUCUGUAGCAAAAAGUAAUCUUAAGUUCAUUAGUUAGAUCUCUACCGCAAAUACACUAGUUUUGCAUCAUGUACGUCUGUUGCGCGAUGAAACGGGAUGAUGUGCCGUUGUCGUCCGAGCAUUUUCACUUUCAUUAAAACCUUGCACCAAA